AGAAAGAAAUAUCUUUUCUGUUUCAAAUAAAUGUAUUUACUACAAAAUUAGUUUGUAUACACAAAUAUAUUAUCUAAAACGAAUAAAUGUAAAAAAUAUUGCUAAAAGAAAAUCUAGUUUUGAAGGACGGUGGGUCAGAAUUUAGUAAUUAAACACAAAAUAAUAUUCAGAUAUGUUGUUUCAUGUAUAUAUUAUUUUUCAGUAACUAAAUAUAAAUAAAAUAAGAUAAAUAUAUAAUAAGAAGCGACAAAUGCAUUUGACGAUUUUAAACAAUUGAUUAAUUAUAACAUGUAAACUAUAAAAUUAUUGUAUUGAAAUAGUUAUAUAAAUAUUUAAAUAUAUGAUUUACGUUAAAAGAGUAUACCACCAAUGAUCUAAAAUAAAUAUACAUGUAUAUAAAUUGAAAAAAAAAUAUUCACACGGUGGUGCGGAUCAAGACCUAGUUCAAUAAUUAAUCUUCACUUUGAUCACAACGGAAUGUGAAUAUAAAUGAUCUACCAAGUACAAUCAUCUCCACCUAAAUUACAAACACAAUAUAUUAAAAAUAUAAGCAAAGUUCCAAAAAGAAAAUAUGCUAUACAUUACAUACUAACAACAUAUCAGUUUGUUUUAUGCCCUCAUCACUAUUUUUUUAAAGGGUUUAUGCCUUCAUUACUUAUCCAUUUAAAAUAUUAUGUAGCCAUUCAAAAUUAUGAGCCAAAGCCACCAUAUGAUCCCAAAAUUUUCAUAAGGCUCUGAAUCGAUCCAAAGGCCACCAUAGUUGCUCAGUUUAUCUAUUUCAUUUCUUAAUUGACUUAGUAUUUAACCUAUAAUGUCAUAGCUAAAACAGAGCAAUUUUCAUAAACAGUUAACUUAAGAAUGUCAUCAUCGAAGAAAACUAAACAUGCUCUAGCCUGAGAACAUAACUAACUUUCUAUGAAUCCUAGAUAUUCAUUUUCAAACACUAAAGAAUAUAAUUUUCAUAGACAUCAAAAGAGUUCACCAAAAAAACAUCAAAAAAAAAAGAAAUUAUGCUAAAAGACAUCGAAAUAAAAAGAAGAAUAUAAUAAAUAAUUCAGAAACUUCACAUUAUCAUGAGUCGCAUCCUCAUUUAAGUUGAUUUGGAAUAUUGACGACUUUGAACUUUCUAGUAUUUCUGCAAAGAUUCCGACUUUUCUCUUCGCUCAAUCUCCAUGUUCUGACCUCUUUGACUACUAACUCAUAUUUCUCUAUAAUUUAUCUCUAAAAAUCUAUUUUGAGUUAAGGGAAGUGAUAGUUUAAUAUCUCUUUUGUUGAAAUUUAUGGACUGGCUCACCAAAUUGAUCACUUAUGUUGUUGUCUUAUUUGGCUUUAUCAUCUCACCCAUUAAUUAAGUCAUGAGUCAUAUAGUAACUUACAAGAUAUUUCACAUUUGAUUCCCGCGUACUUGAGUGCUCUUUCUAACGUUUUCCCACUCCAUGGUCAAAGUCGUGUUGAAGGGAUCCGAAUUUUUUCCGUUUUCCUAUAUUUCAUGCAUUUGGACUCUUUUCAGAGUUUUUACAGGUUCAAGUACUCAUUCGAGGAAAAUGAUAUUUUAGAGUAUUUGAAACUAUUUUUGAAAACUAUGCUGAAAUCACUAAGGCGGAUCGAUAAUUGAAGAUAAAAAUCAACUGACAUAUCACUUCCGCAAUCGAUCGACAUAUCACUUCCACAAUCGAUGGACAUAGCAUUAUUGAGUCAUCCGCGAUAAUCAGCAUUAAAGGAAAUCUUACCUAAAACUCCAAGUUAUUACACCAUAAGUCCAUGCAAGCCUAUUUAUUAGGGUUUUGUAUCAUUUUAGAGGCAUACAGUUUUUAGACUUCUUCCACCAUUGUCACACACUUGAAGAGGAGGCAUAUUUGAUAGCUUGGGGAGCUUAGGAUAGGAGAGAGAGAUUUGAACUUCAUAACAGAGAAGAUCUUGAGCUCCCUUGUUUCUUUACUCUGUCUUGUUUACAUUUUAUACUUAUUUCAUUUAAAUAUUAUUCAGACCAUCAUGACCAUGUUUCUUAUGAAUAUGUCUGCGUAAUCUUAUUGUUAGAUUACGGUUCUACAAAGGGUGAUCUUUGUAUUGCUAAUAUGAAAUGUUGUUAGGAUGUUUUAAAUUGUUCUUCAUCUAGUGCUCUUAAUGCUAAGUCUAGGAUUGAUCACCCUAUGUUUUAAAUAGUUCUUCAUCUAGUGCUCUUAAUGCUAAGUCUAGGAUUGAUCACCUUAAAUUUUGAUCUUGGGUUUAAUUAGCGCAAGCGGAAGCUUGGUUGAUUGCGUGAAACUAAUUAGUAUGAUCUAAUUGACUGGAUACACACAUAAGUUGCUCCAGAAGAUUAGAGAACCUAUUCAAACUUGUUCGCAAAGUGUACUAGAAGGAACGUCGAUCGACAACUCCAUAGUUGUAUCGAUCGACGGACUGAAAGGUGUAUCGAUCGACAUUCAUAUAGAAUUGUCGAUUGACACUUUCUCAAGAUCAACAAGCGACAACUGAGAUCUUAGAUCUAGAAAUUAGAUAUUCUAAACAAACGAAAGUUGCUAGAUUAUAUUUAAGUUUGUGUUUGAGAUCAUAUCAUUUAUAAUUCCUAAUAAUUUAAUUAAGUUUGCAUACUUGUCACACCUGAAAAUUAUCCUGAAUCUAGCUCUUUCCCAAAUAGUUUACAACCUAAAACCAUUCAAUCAAACAACGAAUUUGUUCAACUGAUUUACUACUUUAAUCAUAAUCAUCUAGCUUUAUUUCGAAAACUACAAAUCUAUUAUGUAAUCUUAGAGUCUAUGUGGAUUUGAUCCCUAAGUAUUACAAAUGAACAUCUUAUUUGAGAGAGUACAAAUCAUUCCUUAGGAUAAUUUGAGUGAUAUCAAAUUUGGCGCCGUUUCCGGGGACUCUUUCUUAUUACCGUUAGAUUAAGUUUAGAAUAUAGUCUAGAUUUUGUUACUUUGUUUACUUAAUGUUUUUCUUCUUUUCUUGCUGACACAUGUAUGUACCUUAGGAAAAGCAUGGAUUUCGGACAGACAUCGAUCGACGACACGACGGACACGUCGAGCGACGAGUCGAUAGAAGAAACGAUGAACACCUCGCUACUGGAAUCGAUCGACACCAUUGAGCCGGAAGUAGGUAAGUGUUUACUUACCAAUCUGUGUGAUAAGGAAGUAGUCUUAGGAGAACCGGGAGAUCAACCAUGCAACACAAUUAACCAAAACAUUUAUGAGUAGGGGGCUGCAAUCCCUGAUAAAAUUAAUUUAAAAAUAAUUAAUGAAAAUGAAGAAAAAAUAUCUUUGCAAGACUACCAAAAUCCUGGAAGGACCUAUUCCAAUAGGUCCGCUAUCCGACUACCAGAAAACAAUUUAGGAGGGUUUAAGUUCAAUCUUGACUUCUUAAUUCUGGUACGUCAAAACCCUUUUCGUGGAUCUCUUUCAGAACAUCCAUUUGAUCACAUCGAAAAGUUAGAAGAUCUAAUGGAAGGCACUUACAAUUAUUGCAAAUUAUUCUCAUUCUCACUAGCGGGAGACGCCAGGAGAUCUCUAGACCAGCUACCAGCAUGAUCCUUAACCUGCUGGAAGGAGAUUAGAAGCGUCUUCAUUAAUCAUUUUUUCGAUGAAGCACGUUACUGGAACGUGAGAAGAAAAAUUUACACAUUUCGCCAAGGCUAAAAAGAGCUUUUUAGAGAUGAAUGGGUGAGAUUUAAAGCCUUACAACCCGAAUGCCCAUAUCACGAUUACUCAGAACUGCAUCUGAUCAAAUUUUUCUAUGGAGGUGUUAACCUUCGCUACCAGACUACGCUUGAUACAUCCAGCGAGAUAAUCCUGAAGACGCAAUUAGGCUGAUAGAAAACGUAGUUACCGUUAUGUCGAACUUAAUGACGAGCUAACUGAAAUCAAGGAAACCUUAGAAUCGUUUCAUUCCCUUUUAACUGGUCAAAACCGAUCCACAUUAUUCAAAAUAGAAGAUGAUGACCCGUCGAAGUUGAAGGGAUUCGAAUUUUUUCCGUUUUCCUAUAAUUCACUAAUGAAUUUUUUGUUAAGUCCUUUUCAAAUUCAAUAGGUCACAUAAUUUAUGUCAUAAAAUGAAUUCAAAUACUGUUAGAGAGUUUGAAUACUUAAUAAAAUAUAAUUUAUUUAUUAAUAAUAACUCAAUGAUUAUAAAUUUUCUUAAACAUUUUUUAAAAUUGACCAUUCUUAUAUAAAACCAUUCAUGAAUCUCGUUCAAGAUAAAAUUAUUUCAGUUUUAGAUAGCUACAGAUUUUCUCUCAUUUGUUUGAUAUUUUUUUUUCAAAAUGAAAAAAAUAGGGAAGAUGCUUUGAACAUAGACCUAAACUUAAAAGAAAACUAAUUUUGACAACCUUUAUGAUUGAAUUUUUUUCAACUUUUUGUUAAAUGAUGGUAUCUUUGUUACUACUUUGGUCAGGAGGAAAAGAUAAUGAUAUUCGAAUGCGUAGUAGUUAAGCUGAACUCAGCUCUCUCUUUUUGUCAAUCAGUAUGUUAUGGUUUUGCAUAAAUAUUCUAUAUUUUGAUUUUUAAAAAAUAAAAUUAAUUGAAAUAUAGCUGGAGAUUUAUAAUCCAAAAUGACAUUAAAAUGGAGUAUUCAAAGCGGCGAGGACUACAUUACAUAUACUUAUGACCAGAAAUUAAACUAUCAACAAUAUUAAUCAGUUUCUAAUUUCUUUUAAUAAGGGUGUGCCGCAUAUUGUAUCGACCAUGUAAACAAAGUUACACACUCAUGUUUGUCUUGUGUCGUUGAAGUGUUAGAAGAAUAGUUUAUGCACAUAUAUGAUCAUUUUAAUAUUUUAAACACUUCAAAAAAAAAAAUUGAAAGCCUACUUACUUCUCAACAACUGAAAACAAAGAAAUGUAUCAAUCAAACACGAAAGAGUAAAAGCGUCAAUUAAGUAAAUGGUCAACAUUGGCGUCUUCAAAUUCCGAUGUCCCGAGAGACCAUCUCUCUUUCUGUUCUCUAAAACACUCGCCACCAUUACUAAUACUAUAACCACAAAAUCUUCUUUUUUUCUUUCACCCAACUCUCUCUCUCUCAGUUCCCACUCGUGAUCCGAAAGCAUGAGUCUUAGAGACCCGAAUCCAGUAACUAACACACCCGGAUCCUUUUCGGAUCCAGGCGGGUUCGCUAUAAACAGCAGAAUCAUGUUCACCGCCAUAAUCAUAAUCAUAUUCUUCGUCAUUCUCAUGGUCUCUCUUCACCUCUACUCUCGUUGCUACCUCCACCGCUCUCGCCGUUUCCACAUCCGCCGCUUAAACCGUAGUAGACGCGCCGCCGCCGCUAUGACCUUCUUCGCCGAUCCUUCCUCCUCCACCUCCGAGGUCACCACUCGCGGUCUCGACCCCUCCGUCGUCAAAUCUCUUCCCACUUUCACGUUCUCCGCCGCAGCCGCCCCGGACGCGAUCGAGUGUGCGGUUUGCCUCUCGGAGUUUGAGGAGAGCGAACCGGGUCGGGUUUUGCCCAAUUGCAAGCACGCGUUUCAUGUUGAGUGCAUUGAUAUGUGGUUUCUUUCUCAUUCCUCUUGUCCUCUGUGCCGAUCGCUCGUCGAACCUAUCGCCGGAGUUGUAAAAACUGCGGCGGAGGAAGUCGCGAUUUCGAUUUCUGACCCGGUUUCAGGCGACACAAACGACGUUAUAGGAGCUGGGACUUCCGAUCAUGAAGAUUCCAGGGGGAAACCGGCGGCGAUUGAAGUCUCAACGAGGAAUCUCGGAGAAUCGGAGAACGAGUUGAGUCGGAGUAACUCGUUUAGGUCACGGGUGAUAUCUUCCACGCGGAUUUUCAGCAAAGAACGGAGAAGCGCUUCGUCGUCUUCUUCUAUCGGGUUCCCUCCGCCUCCGGUCUCUAGCAUGCCGAUGACGGAGUUAGAUAUCGAGUCUGGAGGAGAAGAGCCUCGUUGACUUUAAGACGCUAAAUUUUUACUGCUACGUGGACGUGUAUGAUUUGUUAUAAAUGUUUCCUUGUUUAGAGCUAAGAUGCGGAGAUGAAAUAAUUCUUUGUUACUUUUCGGUUCAGGCGUUUCCAAAAAGGGUUAAUGUUGAUUUCAUUGUUUAAUGAGUUUGCACACGUGACUUAAUAAUCUCAACUGUCGUUUUUCUUUGGGACAUGGAAAAUGUAUUCGACGCAGAGUUUUUAAGUGAUUUGCAACAAAAAUGACAAAUUUAUUGUUAUUCAAACAUAAAUUAAAUUUCAUUUAAAA